UUCAUGAGUUGACAAGUGUGCAUUGCUAUCUGGCAACUAAAAUUUAAUCCCAACGGCUACUUCAGUUCCCGCGUCAGAUAUAUAUAUAUAUAUUUGAACAGACUGUAUUUCAGUGUUUCUGUUUUUUUUUUUUGUUCGUUAAAUUCUUCACCUCUUUCCCAGAAAAGCCUCUCCGAUCACAGUCUUUAUAUAAAAUCUCCCAAAAAUCACCUUUUUAAGCUAAAAAUCCAAACCCCAAAAAAAACCAUGGCCAAGAUCGACGCCCUUCGUCGGUUUUUCCUCCCCUGUUUCUUUCCGCCCACCGCCACAACCGCCACCGCCGCCUCCGCAGCCCCCAAGAAACGUCUGAGCACCUCGCUUCGUGACGACUUAGAAAUCUCCGCGUCCACCACCGCCAAUGGCGGUCCAACCCACGAUCAAGAUUCUCCCGCCACUACUCCCGACAGCGUCACGCCGAAAUUCGUCACCGCCGCCGCCAUUGUAGCUCCACCACGGCCUUCGAAAACUAUGGUGAUCGGAACUAUCUUUGGCCAUCGGCGUGGGCACGUGUGGUUCUGCGUCCAACAAGACCGCCUCCGAAACAAGCCCUUUCUACUACUCGAGUUUCCGAUACUAACUCACCAACUCGUCAACGAAAUGCGAUUCGGACUCGUCCGAAUCGCCCUCGAGUGCAACCGGGUCGAACUCGGGCUCUGCCCGCUCCGUUCGAUCCCCAUCUGGGCAAUGUCCUGCAACGGGCGAAAACUCGGGUUCGCUGCGAAGAAAAAAGCCGGCGACUCGAUCCGGUCCAUGCUAAAGACAAUGCAAUCCACAACAGUGGGAGCCGGAGUAAUGCCAUCCGGGUUCGGGUUCGGGUCGGGAUCGAAAACAGAGGAGGUAAUGUACAUGAGAGCUAAUUAUGAGCACGUGGUGGGGAGUGCUGACUCGGAAUCGUUCCAUCUUAUUAACCCGGACGAGUUCCCGGGACAAGAACUCAGUAUCUUCUUGCUCAGAUCUCCAAAUAUGGGUAAUCAAUAAAAAUGGUACCUUUACAUUAUUUAUGAACUUCAUUUCUGUACAUUUUUUCCUCUGUUUUUAGGACCCAAUAGAGUUUUUGGUUCUGUUUUUCUUGGGAGGAUUUCCAGAAAUGAAAACUCUGCGUUUUCUUGCUCUGGAAAUUCCAUACGUUUUCUUGUUCUUCUUGUUCUUCUUGUUCUUCUUGUUCUUCUUGUUCAUGUUCAUAUGAAUGGAUAAACAUUACUUUUUAAAAUUUGAUGUUAACUAGAGCCAGCUCUCCAUGUAUAUAUAAAUAUAUGGUAAGAUUGAAUAUUAAAUAUGGCAUAUGAUUCCAGCAAAACUAUGAUUAAAAAAAUGAACGGACACCAUAUCUUUGUUUAUAAAGAUUAUUAUUAUCUUACAAAAGGGGAUGAAGAUGUAAUUAGUAGAUAUGGAAGAAUAUAGUGAAUAUUAAAAUGAUGGAUCAAAGCAAACACUCAUAAUGUUGCUUUCCAGGAACGUGGGUUUCUUUCUCAAAUGAUUUCGUCUCCAAUUUUUGUAAUUUAUGGGAUUCGUAUGGGAUUCCGAUGAGAGGAUUAUUAAGAGGGAGUUUCACGUUGACUAAUUUAAGAAAUGACCAUGAAUUUAUAAGUAUGAUUCUCAUGAGACCUUUUAUUCAAGGUGAAUCGUCUGUGAUUCCUAACUUAGUAUCUUAGCCAUUACAAUAAAAUUCUCAAAUUGUGUACUUUGUUCGAGGACUCUAGAGGAGUAAAGCUUCACAUAAGGGGAGGGGUUGUUCGAGGGCUUCAUAACUCUCCAUAGUCCUAUCAUGAAGCUAGCCACAGUUGGG